CGGGAAGUCGCUGCCAACAUUAACCAAUCAAGGAACAGCCCUGGAGAUGAUGGUAAGCGUUCCGACCAGUAAGAUUUCAGGAGGCGUGGCUGAAUGCUAGCGUGCUGAAUAUGGGGGUGAAGCUGGAAGUUUUCCGGAUGGUCCUCUACCUUACCUUUCCUGUUACAAUGUUCUGGAUUUCUAAUCAAGCUGAGUACUUUGAGGAGUAUGUUGUGAAACGGAAGAGGGAAAUCUGUCCCCCAGAACGUGAUGAACAGAGGAAAGAAUUGGAGGCAUUCCAAGAGAAGAUGAGGAUAAGGAGAGAGGAGAGGCUUUUGGCUGAAGCAGAGAACAUCAAACAUACAUAACUGUUCUACCAGGGGCAAAUCUAACCCUAUAUUUAACCCUCUCUAUAACACGUUGGUGUGAUAAAAUAUGUUUUUAUAGUAUAAAAUAUGCUUAAAAAUAUAUUAUGUUCUAGGCUGGAAAUUUUGAUUUCUCUGUCCGUUUCCAUUUUGGACAUAAUAAUGUGAUGAAUCCAGAGCAUGGAAAAUAAAAUUGUUUAAAAGCUG